UACGACUAAUUUCGAAAAAUAUGAUCGAUGCAGGUUUCGAUAAUCCAUGCGUUAUCGAGGAAAUGUCUAUCCUGUUGACAGACAAAUAUCCGCAAUAUUUUGAAUGUGCAUAUGGUGCGAAACAUGAUCAGACACAUGCCCGAAUGAAAAACUGUUUUAAAUAUUUGAGAACAAAGGAUAAAAAGAGUUCACGUUGUAAAGGAACUUCAUCGAGUAAAGUUGAACCAAAAAAACCUAGCAUGAAGAAGGAAUUGCAAUCGACCAGAAGGUCCAGAAUGAUGGCCAUUAGUAAAGUGAAUGCCUCAGAAAUUUUAGAUAGGUAUCCCGCACUCCGAAGAAAGGAUAUGCUUCUUGAAGAAUUUUGCCAGCUGAUAAAUUUAACUGCUAAUGAUUUGAAGCAGAAUUGGAUUGAGAUACUCCCCAAAGUAAUUACUGCUUUGCAAAUUUCUGGAAAAAAUCUUUCUUUUGAUGGUCAGACCAUGGCUGUAUUAUAUCAUCUGCCUAAAUUAUUCACAAAGGCAAAAGAAGGCGGAAAAAUUCUUAACUGUUUUCCGAGUGGAACGCCAAUCGCGAAUACUAUUCCGGGUGUUGAUGAGGCUCCAAAAUUGAUAGCUAUAGCAAACAGGCCAUUGAAUAUGAUGCACACAAUGUGCUACAUAGAUGGCACACCAAUUUUUGAAGCACACGGCUAUGAAGCCAUACUUCUAUUGCUAGCCGUCUAUUGGAUAUUUCAAGUCCAAUUUCCGGCAAACGCUAAACAGCAGUUUGCAUUUAUUUCAAUAUCCAUUUUAAGAGAUGUGGCAGUAAAAGACAUUGAUGCAAACAUCUUAAAAAAGAUAACAUUAACAAAUGUUUUAAAAAGUUGCGACUUACUGCCAACUUCCUCAACUUAAAGUUAAAUU